UCACGUAGAGGAAGCGGAAGUGUUCCUGGAGAGGAGAGGAGGCGGAGACGCGGUGCCGGCUCGGAGCCGUUCUCGUCCCGUUAUGUCGCGCGCCACCAAGCGGAAGCACGUGACCCGGGAGGUGCUGGAGGAGCACGUGGUGCCCGCCCCGCAGCAGCGCAUCGUCAGGGUGCUGAGCAGCCCUGGCAACAACCUGCACGAGGUGGAGACGGCCGACGGCAGCCGCUUCCUGGCCAGCAUGCCGCCCCGCUUCCGCCACCACGUCUGGAUCAAGAGAGGUGCGCCCCAUGGCCGCCCCAUAGCCGCCCCCAUAACAGCCCCAUGGCUGUCAUGGCCACCCCCAUAGCCGCCCCAUGGCUGU